GUCCAGGUCGACCGAUAGCUCUAUAGCUCCAUACCGUAGCUCCCGGGAACUAGCCAAUCUACUAGCAAGGGCACCAUGGUGAAGAAGAAAGGAAAGUCCAAGCGCUUGUCCCUGCACAAGAAGUACAAGAUCGCGCGCAAGGUGCGCGAGCACAAGCGGCAGGAGCGCAAGGCCGAGAAGCUCAACCAGCACAAGAAGAAGAAGGACCCGGGCAUUCCCAACAACUGGCCCUUCAAGGAGGAGCUGCUGCUGCAGGUGGAGCAGGCGCGGCUGGCCGAGAUCGAGGCCCAGCGCCAGGCCCAGCAGCAGCGCAAGGAGGACAAGAAGAAGGCCAAGCAGCUGGCCAAGCUCCAGCGCAGCGAGGCCAAUGCCCUCACCGCCGUCACGCCGCUGAGCGUCGAGAUGCAGUCCAAGAAGGACCUCAAGCACGCCGUGCAGGCCGCCGACGUGGUGCUCGUGGUGCUGGACGCGCGCGACCCGCAGGGCUCCCGCUCGCUCUCGCUCGAGGACGGCCUCGUGGCCAAGGGCCAGAAGAAGGUGGUGCUCGUGCUCAACAAGAUCGACCUCGUGUCGGUCGAGACGGCCCAGAAGUGGGUCAACUACCUGCGCCGCUUCCACCCGACCAUCCCCGUGCGCGCGCUCAACGCCAAGAUCUCGGACAACUCGAAGAAGACCAAGCAGGAGAAGGGCCACAAGGCGCUCUACGACCGCCAGCAGGAGAUCAGUGGCAUGCGCGACAACGGAGAGGUGCAGCCGCUGCGCGUGUUCCUGGACGAGCUGGCCGACAAGGCCGACAAGAACCUCAACGUGGCCGUGCUCGGGUACCCGAACGUGGGCAAGAGCACGCUCAUCAACUCGAUCAAGCGUCGCCAGGUCGUGAACGUGUCGAGCAACCCGCAGUCCACCAAGACGGCGCAGGAGAUCCAGUACGGCGAGAAGAUCACGCUCGUGGACUGCCCCGCGCUGGACCCGGACUACAGCGACGAGUCGUCCGCCAUCAUGCGCCACGGCAUCGCCGGUGUCUUCGUGGAGGACCCCGUGCCUGUGGUCAAGAGCGUGAUCGAGCGCGGUGACGCCAUGAACCUCAUGCAGACGCUGCAGAUCCCCGUGUUCCGCAACCACGAGGAGUUCCUCGCCAAGCUGGCCAUCAAGCGCAACAUGCUGCGCAAGGGAGGUGAGCCGGACAUCCUCAUGGUGGCACGGACGUUCCUGCAGAACCUGGGCAAGGGCGUGUACAGCCCGUCGUGCUUGCCGCCGGCAAAGUCCAAGUCGCGGUUCGAGCACCCGCACUGGUUCAAGAAGCUUGAUCUUGCUAAGCUUCCUGACGCCGAGACGCUGCUGUACAGCUCGAACCCGACCGGCCACAAGCGCGUGCUCACGUUCAAGGCGCCUCCCGUCUCCCACGCGGCCGGUGACAUGACCGAAUACGACCUCGUUAUGGGCGAGCUGCCCGAGAACGACGGCCUCACAUCUGAAGACGACGACGCCGAGGAGGACGCUGAUAUGGGCGAGGAGGAGGAGGAAGAGAUGGAGGACGACGAUGAAUAA